CAGCGAUUUGAUUGGUCAACGCAUCGAACCAAGCGCGAGAGUUUAAAAUUUAUCAUUUGAAAACUGAACAGUGUUGCAGCAAAAUAUUCUCCAUAAAAGUGAUCGCGGAGCUCGGAUUGCAGUCUGAAGAAUAGGCAAGAUGUCAGGUGUAAGUGGAGAUCAUGGCGUCUCCAGGAUCCCUGAGAUCUCUGUGCAGGAAGUGAAAGAUAUUUUCAAAACGCCACAACAGCCGCAUCACUUGACCACAAAGCCAGGAUUAAACAGUGGCAUGCUGGCAGACUCUGACAGCCUGAGGGUGAACUUUGAGAGCCUGAAAACCAGGAGUGGGAGCACAAGCACGCCAUUCCCAUCUCGAACAAAAUGUCCGCCUUCUGCCUCCCCCAGUGAUGAGAGUGGCGUGUUUGAUCUUAACGUGACAGCGUGUCUCUUUCCCAAAGCAUCUCAGCCUCGGUUAACGUACACUGACUCUGGCAUAGACUCAGGCUGCUCAACAACACCCUCUAGUGUAGAAAACAUGUGCGUGGAUUUAGCGUCUCCCAGCACAGAAUUGUCGACAUCUUUACAGGAGCAAAGGAUUGUGGGUCAUACAGAAAUCAAACCUUUAUGUCAUGCUGACAAAAUGUUUUCUCCCUCCCCACUCAACAUAUCAGUGCGUGGUAAGCCAACGCCAUCUAGGAUGACUCUCUUACACUACAGACUUCGUAGAGACUCAGGUAAUGAGACAAUGGAUUCGAGUUCUGAGGUGGAUCACACGCCUGAUCUCCUCACCGAUAAAACUGAAGCACAGGAAAUUAGCAACAGGACUUACUUCCAGCACCACAAAUUUAGCCAUAGCCUUGGUGAUAAUUUGGUUGCUAGGAACGUUUCAAGUGAGACAAAUAUUGAGACUAGACAAGGAAGCUACCCGGAAAAUCAGUUGAACUGUUGCAAAGCUAGUGCCCCAAACACGACUACUGAAAUUAGUGAUUCUGACUCAAAUCAAUCAGAUUCUAGAAGAAAUCAUUGCCAACAACUUCAUUCUUGCCAAAAUGUGAAAGAGCACAAUUCCGAACCCCACAAAAGGGUUCUUUUUGACUGUGUCAAGAAAAGUGAUAGGUCAGAUCAUGACCAGGGUUUUUCACCUCAAACUCAAUCAAGCCGGCCUGGAAACAAGAACACUUGUGAAACAGCAUCGCUGCUGCUUCAAAAAACCCCUCAGACAAACCGAGGUUCUCUGACAUCAUGCAGAACUUUAAUGCCACAGAAAGAAGACAUUUGGGAGAUGCUGACCCAAGGUAACCUAAUUCCUGGUGAGCCAGACCGUCUGAUUGGUCGGAAGAUGGGUCUGCAGAGCGUGGACAUUUUGUGGGAGCUGCACAUUCGUAACAUUGGCUGCGUGUCCACCAUCUUGGGUUACAUGGAGGGUGCUGACCUCUGCAGGAUGUGCCUUGUAAGCAGUGAGUGGAGGGAGAUUUGUGAGUUUCACCCUAAAGCUCAAGCUAGGAGAACCCAGUACAUGAAGCAUCUGAGAGCCAAGAGAAUCAGACUUGGAGCAGAAAAUGUCCUCAAAGACCUCAGUCCACGUAAGAACUCUAGCAGCAGCAGGCGGCAAGUCACUGAAGGCGCGGAGCCUCUUGGACAGGUUCAGGUGACAGGAAAGCCUCCGAGUCCUGUAAAAGAGACCCCUGAGAUGUCCAGACAUCAGCAGUUCUUCCAGGAAGGCAAAAAACUUCUGUGGGGCGAAAGUCUGCGCAAGUGUCCAAAAUGCCAAAGUCCAUCUCGCCUAAGUCCAGCCGAGGAAAGAGCAACAUGCACACGAAAGGGGUGUAGUUACGACUUCUGCACGAAGUGUUUUAACAAUUACCAUGCAGCGCAAAACUGCAGUACGUUUUCUCCAAAGAAAUCGAAGGCAGCUUCAGCGGUGGGAAGUAAGAAAAGUAAAAAGAAUCUCAGGAGGUUGUGAUGCCUUUUGUAUUUUAUUUAUUUAUUAUUUAUUUUUUUUUGCUAGGUGCUUCACGACAAAUAUGGUGCUUAUGUUAUCUGUAACUUGUGUCAGUUGUGUCAUCCGGAGCAGUUGUUUUAUCAAUAUAAAAAAUAAUGUCGUACUUAUUUUUGUAUUAUUUAUGUAGUUUUAUUUUUAGGGUUAGAUAUAACAUUUGCAGACAAAUCAGUUUUGUUUUGCCUUGUUCAUGAAUAAGUCUUGUAGUUAGAAUAAUCCUGCCAGACAACGGCUAAAACAUCAAGUUAAAUCCCUCAUUACUGUGACAAAUGUUUGUGAACAUGUGUGUGAGAAGUGAGAGAUGAAUUGUUGAGCUUAACGCAAAAUCAAAUGCUAGAAACAAUUAUUUAAUGUCAGAUCACCUGGACACUGUUUGUCCAAGAUUUAAAAUGGCAUAAUUUUUGCAAAACUGACGAGAUACUUCCAGAUUUGUGUUCAUUAAUGGGGAUAUUUUUUUCUGUCCCAAGCACGUAAAAAUCCUCUUUGCAUGUGGGAUUUGAUUUUAGUUUUUUUAAAUUAUUUUAGACAGCAAGAAUAGUUUUAUAGUUUAAACCUAUGUACAUACUUUUAUUUCUUUAUAAAAAUAUUUACAGUUUAAUUUUAA